AUGGAAUGUGACUUUGAUCGAUUUUGUUCACGUGAUAUAAGUGAUAAUGAAUUCUUCACCAAUGAUGACGAUAAAAUUGCCAUGUUUAUUGAUAACUAUGAGGAACGAAUUGCGGAAUCAAGCGUUCUAACCGAUCCACAUACACCAAUAAUUAGUAUUCCUGUUUUUAGAUGCUCGAAAAGUCAUCAGUCUUGUGUUAUAUGUGGUAUUGAGAUAAUAUCGGCUAAAGUGCUAUCAUCUGUCCAACGGACGAUGAUCUUUUUGAAACGUGGUGUUUUUGUUUCUCCAGGAUCGCGUUGUUGGUCUGAACACGUAGUCAAAAAACAGCUCACCGUUGAAUCUUUCGAUAAGGUUUGUAUAUCUAGAACUGAUUGUUGGACACUUGAUUCAUUCGGAUUACAAGUAUUGCUCACCGAUAUACGAUCAAUGUUGCUUCAACAAAACAGUUUUAAUUUUGACGAUCCAACAUCGUUGAACGAAGAAGCAUACAAAACUAUUGUCGGGCUGACAAAAGGUAUUCAUAUGUGA